UUGUGGACCUUCCUUAAUUCAAUUCAAGCUUUGCAUUGAAUAUUUUCAAUUUUUAAUUUAAUUUAUUUUUUAUCUUUAUUUCAUGUCACAGUAUCUGUUAUUAUUAAUUAUUAUUUUGCUAUAUAAAUCACAUUCCCAACUCUGUGUGUUCUCAGAGCUGAGCUUGCCAAUGGCGCGUUUUUCUCUACGUGCUGUGGUGUUUUGUUUCUGUGUGUUGAUUGCGUUGGUCGCAGCUGACAACAAUGUAGAAGACAACAAGGGUUUGUUUCAUCGUCCACUUGGUUUUUAUAAGGGUCGUAAGAGGUUUCGUGGAGGGGGUCUCGGUGGUGGCAUUGGUGGGGGUGGAGGUUUUGGUGGUGGAGCUGGUGGAGGUUUUGGUGGUGGAGCUGGUGGUGGCGGUGGUCUAGGCGGAGGUGGUGGAUUGGGUGGUGGUGGUGGUUUUGGUGGGGGAGCUGGUGGUGGCGGUGGUCUAGGCGGAGGUGGUGGAUUGGGUGGUGGUGGUGGUUUGGGUGGCGGUGGAGGGCUUGGUGGCGGUGGCGGUUUAGGUGGUGGUGGGGGCUUAGGGCAUGGCAUUUAUAAAAGGGGUUAUAAACGUGGAGGAUUGGGUGGCGGUGGAGGGCUCGGCGGAGGUGGUGGUUUGGGUGGUGGAGGAGGGUUAGGGCAUGGUAUUUACAAGAGAGGUUUUAAACGUGGAGGUCUUGGCGGCGGUGGAGGACUCGGAGGAGGUGGCGGUCUCGGUGGAGGUGGAGGACUUGGAGGUGGUGGGGGACUCGGUGGUGGAGGUGGUCUAGGUGGUGGAGGAGGACUCGGAGGUGGUGGCGGACUUGGAGGUGGAGGUGGAGGUGGUUUUGGUGGUGGCGGAGGACUUGGAGGUGGUAGUGGAGGCGGUCUUGGUGGAGGAGUUGGCGGCGGGUACGGAGGAGGAGCUGGGGGAGGGUUUGGUGGUGGAGGUGGUGCGGGUGGUGGAGGCGGAUUUGGAGGCGGAGGAGGAGCUGGAGGAGGAGGAGGUAUUGGUGGAGGCGCUGGAGGAGGAUACGGUGGAGGUGGAGGUUUUGGUGGCGGUGGCGGUUUCGGCGGUGGUCACCACUAAAUGCAAUGUGUUAAAAUUAACCAUGUCUCUAUUUCAUAUCUAAAUUUGUGAAAAUUAUUAUCUACCUGUUCCAACUAUCAUACCCUUUUAUUAUAUUGUUGUUAAUUUUCAUGUAGGAGAGGUGAUUUUCAAUUGUGUAGUUUGAAAUUUAUUUUUUUAAAAAAAAAAAAACGAAAAGGUGGACGGGAAUUUGCUGGGAGAAAUGGUGAUCGGAGUAUUGGCUUUUAUGAUCUCCUUCCGUUGGUGGUUGAUACGGUGCGUUUUGGACGAAUCGAUCUUGACCGAGUCUUUCUCAUGCAUGCAGAGUAUGAUUGUGGCUUAUAAGUUAAUUAUAUCAUGUAAAUUGUAAAACAUUGUUAUUAAUUAUUGUUAUUACAUCAUCUUUUCUUUCCUAUCUUAAU